UAUUUUUCUUUUUCUUUUUCUUUUUCUUUUUUAAUUUUUAUUUUGAAAAUUUGUUUUAUCUCCUCCGAGAGGUUGAAUUUAUGGACUGUGACUGAAUGUUCUGUUCUGAGGGGGCUGUUUUUGGUCAGCUUGUCCUUUCUUUCUCUUUCAUAACCAAAGAAAUAGAAACACCCCCCCAAAAAAAAAAAAAAAAAAAAAUAAUAAUAAUAAUUAGAAAAAUAGAAAAAAAGAAUAUCUUUGCUUUCUUACUCUACUCCUUCGACUCUGCUUCGAUCGCAUCCAGAUCCAGUCUAUCUGCUUCGCUGCUUAUUUUACAAGCUGCUGAUUGUUGGUUGGAAUAUAUACUCUUCAAGAAGAUGAAAGUUAGAGAUUGCUCUUCAGUUUGGGAAAGUUGUUAUUGGUGUCAUUGACUUCCAAAGUGUCUCUUUUCAACUUCUGUUUCUAAAAGGGUAAUCAUCGUUUCCAACAUGCUACAAUUUUCCAUAUAAAGGAAAAUUUCUCCAAUUCUCGGAAGAGAAUGAUAUGUGAAAUUAAGAGCUUCUUUGAUAUGUGAAAUUAAGAGCUUCUUUUAUGAUGCUUCGUUAAAUGCUUCUGGGGUAUGUUUAAUUUUCAUAUGGGAAUGGGUUUCUUUAUCUGAGUUUCCAAUCGAUAUUAGUGGGUCUGCUUAUUCAUUGGUUUGAAAUGGGUUUUAUGCAUCUGUGUUUUCUACUCUGAUUGUGAAGUUUGAGGUUCUUCACUCUUUGAUGGACUGGUUUCUGUAUUGAGGGAGCUUCCUCAUACAGCCGAGUUUAAUUGGAUUUGUAAACUUUUUUAAAAAAAGAAAAAAAGUCAUGAUUAAGCAGAUACUUGGUAAGCUUCCAAGGAAGCCAUCCAAGUCAGCUGAUCGUGAAUAUGGCGGUUCAUCUGUUCCAUCAAAUGCUGCUAUCAGUUCAAGAAGCAAUGAUUUAGCGAGUAAUCGGCCGAUAAACUCAAAUACUACCUCUCUUCCGGGCCUCGAUUCUGUUUCAAGUUUAGGAUAUAAUCAUGGAAGUAAGCUUGUCCAAGUUGCAAACUCAAAGAUAAAUGGAAACUCAGCUGCUGUUUCCUAUGAAGCAUUGCCAGCAUUUAGGGAUGUACCCAACUCUGAGAAGCAGAACCUGUUCAUAAAAAAGCUGAACAUAUGUUGUGUUCUUUUUGACUUCACUGACCCAACAGAGCAUCUGAAGGAAAAAGAAAUCAAGAGGCAGACGUUGCUCGAACUGGUAGAUUAUGUUACAUCUGCAAAUGUGAAAUUCACAGAAUCUGUUAUGCAAGAGGUAAUAAAGAUGGUAUCCAUGAACUUGUUUAGGUCACCCUCUCCACAGCCCCGAGAAAAUAAGGUUUUGGAAGCCUUUGAUUUGGAAGAGGAGGAACCUUUGAUGGACCCUGCAUGGCCACACUUGCAGAUUGUGUAUGAAUUUUUUCUGAGGUUUGUUGCAUCUCCUGAGACAGAUGCAAAGUUGGCCAAAAGAUAUGUUGAUCACUCGUUUGUUCUGAAGUUAUUGGAUCUUUUUGAUUCGGAGGAUCCCAGGGAGAGGGAGUAUCUGAAAACAAUUUUGCAUCGCAUCUAUGGAAAGUUUAUGGUCCAUCGCCCGUUUAUAAGGAAGGCAAUCAAUAACAUCUUCUUUAGUUUCAUUUUCGAAACAGAGAAGCAUAAUGGAGUUGCUGAACUUUUAGAAGUUUUGGGCAGUAUUAUCAAUGGGUUUGCUCUGCCUCUUAAAGAAGAACACAAACUAUUCCUCAUCCGAGCCUUGAUCCCCCUCCACAAACCAAAAUGCUUACCAAUGUAUCAUCAGCAGUUAUCAUAUUGCAUUACACAAUUUGUGGAGAAGGACAGCAAGCUUGCAGAUACUGUUAUAAGAGGUUUAUUAAAGUAUUGGCCAAUUACUAAUAGUUCAAAGGAAGUCAUGUUCCUUACUGAACUGGAGGAAAUUUUAGAAGCAACUCAGCCAGCAGAAUUUCAAAGAUGUAUGGUACCUCUGUUCCGCCAGAUUGCUUGUUCACUGAGCAGUUCACACUUCCAGGUGGCAGAAAGGGCUUUGUACUUGUGGAACAAUGAUCAUAUUGAGAAUUUAAUUAGACAAAACCAUAAAGUCAUUUUGCCCAUCAUCUUCCCUGCCCUAGAGAAAAAUGGUCGUAAUCACUGGAACCAGGUGGUUCAAAACUUGACACAUAAUGUCCGCAAGAUUUUCUCUGAUGUUGAUCCUGAACUAUUUGAGGAGUGUUUGCACCAAUUUCAGGAACAUGAGCGAAAAAUGGGGGAGAUAAAUGCAAAACAUGAAAUCAUGUGGAAGCACUUAGAAGACCUUGCUGCAUCAAAAGCUGCAAACAGUGAAGCAGUUCUUAAUCCAGGCUCACAACCCUCCCAAACAUCUUCAAGUUAGUCACAGAAGGAUUUGUCCUAUAGUUAGAGAGUUAAAUUUAUUUACUUUUUAAUUGGUGUUGGAUGGGAGCAAUGGAUGUUGGAUGCACUUUUCAGAGGCUGGGUGCUUAAGGGUUUUUGUCCAUCCUAUUUGGCUGUUCAAGCCCUUAUUUUGGGCCUUCCUCGCCUUUAUGGUCAAUAACACCCUAUGCAGCAAUGAAGUCUGAUUCUGGAGCUUCAGAUGCAAUAUAGACUACAAACAGGAGUUAGAAGAUGGAUUCACAUUCAAGGUGGAAAUAUAGCUAUAGAUUGAUGCUUAAAAUGAUUAACAUGAAGAAGCUAGAAAUUAUAGUAAAUUUUUAAGCACUUUUGGAGAUGAUUAAUUCCAAAUAGUUGUUGAACUACUGAAAUUCAUAUGUAUGUGUUUGUAUGCCUGUAUUUAUUGAGCUUAGAAUAUAUCUUUUUGUUUGUGUGAA